AGGGGUUUGGGAUGGGUUUACAAAUAUAGUAACAAAGCAACUGAAACACCAACAGUGUAAGAAGUUACUGCAGGGAGAACGAAGAGAAUCGCUACUUUACCAGCUCCCGAAGUUUGCUGUUUCCGUGUGGCAGGCGGAUGAAGUCAGCGCUGAACCGGGAACAAGGCGGAGCCGGGAGCCGGGAGCCGGUAAUGGUCAGUUGGAUCUUUGGUUCCUGACCUCUUCAUUGCAGUGAAAAAACAAACCAGACCCAAAGGCUGUAGAGAUGCACCGUAGGGGAGUUGGAGCCGGUGCCAUCGCCCGGAAGAAACUCGCUGAAGCCAAGUAUAAAGAGAGAGGAACUGUGAUGGCUGAGGACCAGCUGGUUCAGAUGUCAAAGCAGCUGGAAAUGUUCAAGACACAUCUGGAGGAAUUUGCCAGCAAGCACAAACAGGAGAUUCGGAAAAACUCAGCGUUUCGUGUUCAGUUUCAGGAUAUGUGUGCAACAAUUGGAGUGGACCCUCUCGCCUCUGGCAAAGGCUUCUGGUCAGAGAUGCUGGGUGUCGGUGACUUCUACUACGAAUUGGGAGUGCAGAUUAUUGAAGUGUGUCUGGCUCUGAAACAUAGAAAUGGAGGUCUGAUCACAUUGGACGAGCUGCACCAGCGUGUGCUGAAAGGUCGAGGCAAGUUUGCCCAAGAUGUCAGUCAGGAUGAUCUCAUUCGGGCCAUCAAGAAACUGAAAUCCUUGGGUAAUGGUUUCAGUAUAAUCCCAAUGGGAGGUGGAUACCUGGUGCAGUCAGUCCCUGCAGAGCUGAAUAUGGAUCACACGGUGGUACUGCAGAUUGCAGAGAAGAAUGGAUACGUGACAGUCAGUGAAAUUAAAUCCAGCCUGAAGUGGGAUUCUGAACGCACUAAUCAAAUACUGGAACAUUUGUUGAAGGAAGGCUUGGCGUGGAUAGACAAACAAGCUCCCGAAGAACCUCAGUACUGGUUACCUGCACUCUUUUCUGAUCUAUACUCCCAAGAUGUGACUCCUGAAGAAGCUGAUGAAAGUUUGCCGUGAAGAAAAAUUAAUACUUCAACCCAGAGAGUAAGCAGACUCCAUCCACCUUGAUGGUUCUAGCACCAGAAUGAAUGAUUAGUGUAAAACUGUGGAUGUUGAAAUUCUGGAUAUACCUAAGAAUCUUUUUGUAAAACCUGGAAAUUUCUAGUAUCACUGAACAUGAUACUUGCACAAUUAAAUGACAUUUCUCAGUCUUA